AUGGGUGUUGUGAAAAUUGACAAGUUUUCGGAUGGUUACUUGCAACCCACUUUAAUACAGAAGCCACGAAACAUGAUGUGUGAUGAACUAGUCUCAAACUCACACAAAACAGAGCAGUCUCUUCUAACAAGAGUACCAAAAAUUAUACUGCAGAGAUGUGAAACAAUUCCAUCUCUGAAGGAGUACUUGGUUACUUCCAAGCCACAAAUCAUGAUGUGUGAUGAACUAGUUUCAAACUUGCACAAUACAGAGGAUUCUCUUCUAACAACAGUACCAGAAAUUAUAAUGCAGGGAGAUGAAAUAUUUCCAUCUCUGAAGGAGACUUUGAAUGUUGAUAUAAUCAAAAGAGAAGGUGAUAUGGAUGUUCUUGGUGAAGAAGAUUCCACUGGCAUGAUAACUGAUGAGUUUUACGUACCAUCAUUUUGCACAAUAAAGACUGAACCCAAGGAUGUUGAUAUAAACUCGGUUGAAAAUUAUGUGGAUGCUUUGAGUGAAGAACAUUCCACUGGCCUGCAAACUCAUAAGGUUUACAUACCAUCACCAUUUUCCAUAAUAAAGGCUGAACCCAGGACUUGCAUCGGUUUACAGGAAGUUGUAUCAGAUGGGCAUAGUGAAACGUGUCUAGUUUCUAAUCAUGAUGGAAGUGAGCUCAUCAAAGUAAAAGUUGAAGAUGUGACAGAUAUACAAGAGGAAGAGGAUCCACUUCAAAUAACUUCUCCAACAAUAAAGUCUGAAUGUGAGCUCAUACAUAGUGGUGAGCGUCCAUAUGAAUGCGAUGUGUGUAAUAAAUCAUUCAGUAGAAAGGGGUACCUCAAGAAACAUAAACUCAUACAUAGUGGUGAGCGUCCAUAUGAAUGCGAUGUGUGUAAUAAAUCAUUCAGUAGAAAGGGGGACCUCAAGAAACACCAACUCUUACAUAGUGGUGAGUGUCUAUAUGAAUGUAAUGUGUGUAAUAAAUCAUUCAUUAGAAAGGACAGCCUCAAGAUGCAUCAACUCAUACAUAGAGGUGUGCGACCAUAUGACUGCGAAGUGUGUAAUAAAUCAUUCAGUAGAAAGGGGGACCUCAAGAAACAUCAACUCUUACAUAGAGGUGAGUGUACAUAUGACUGCAAUGUGUGUAAUAAAUCAUUCAUUAGAAAGGACAGCCUCAAGAUGCAUCAACUCAUACAUAGAGGUGUGCGACCAUAUGACUGCGAAGUGUGUAAUAAAUCAUUCAGUAGAAAGGACAGCCUCAAGGUGCAUCAAGUCACACAUAGUGGUGAGCGUCCAUAUGACUGCAGUGUGUGUAAUAAAUCAUUCACUAGAAAGGAGCACCUCAAGAUGCAUCAAGGCAUACAUAGUGGUGAGCGUCCAUAUGACUGCAAUGUGUGUAAGAAAUCAUUCAUUAGAAAGGCAGACCUCAAGGUGCAUCAAGGCAUACAUAGUGGUGAGCGUCCAUAUGACUGCAGUGUGUGUAAUAAAUCAUUCAUUAGAAAGGCGGACCUCAAGAUGCAUCAAGGCAUACAUAAUGGUGACCACUGAUACUGCUGUGAUGUGUGUAAUAAAUUAUUCUUUCUGAGUAGUCAUCUUAAGGUGCACCAGCAUGUGCAUAAUGGUGAAUGUCCAUAUUCAUCUUGUGUGUAGUAAAUCAUUCAUUCAGAGAGGUCAUCUGAACGCACA